UGGUGUAACUUACCAGAGUGAAUAACGGUAGCUAAUUUUCAUAGUAGGCUACCGACAGGGUACGUACACAAUGCACGAAGGGUGAGGGGUCAAUAUCCAACACGAGCUUCCAUACAGAUUAAUCUGACCGUGGAAAUAACAAAAGCACACGCUUUUGUGCUCGGAAAUAAACACAAAUUAAUUUGAUUAUCAUAAGACAUAACUUUUGCAUUUAAAAUGACUCGUUUUGUUGUCUGCCCCCACUAAAUCAACAUCAUGAGCGCCGACAUGUCUGAGAGCUCUUGAUCUAAUUCAAACAACAUGCUGUAUGGCUGGUGUCCUCCGAGGCUGCACGGACAGCGGUGACCCGGGACUUUUUAGGGUCAUGAACACACAUGUGUGCAAUGAGAGCUUUGUUUGGAGAGCAGCAGUAGUCAGUCCUGGCGGCUGACCCUUUGACCGCACCAUCAGCUGUUUGCCCUGCAGAGUGUCUACUUGCCGCUCCCGACUUUUCCCCAAACAUCCUCUGUCGCUCCACGGGUGCUACUAUAUCACUCUGUUUUCCUGGAUGUUCAUGCUUUCCAUUGAGUGCUUUUGCGUCUUUUCUCGUGCAGAUGUUUCGUCUUUGGCGGAUAUUGCUGUGCAUGCGCUUAUUUAGCAUCCGCACGUGCCGUGUUUUUCACUAACGGGCGCCAGUGGAUCUAUAUAAAGCAAGUGUUGGUGGAAGGAUUGAGUCGUAAAAGUCUCUGUAAAUAUUACACAACGCUUAAAGUAACACGUAUAAUCUGAAGUAUUAAUUAAAUCAUUAUUUUAUUGAUAGUUUCACUCUGUGUUGCUGAAAACGACGUAAAAUUGGCGUACUGCAAGACGAGAACACAAGCCUGAUGCGACGUUUAAGGAAACAUUUUCGUUUUCUCGUUUCUGUUUGCUUGUUAACUUUACCGACUGCGGGGUGUCUUACGAGUGUCUCGGAAGCUGCAGAAGCUCCGGAUAACACCCUUUCCACCACCCCCACCUUCCCAAAACUCCUACCAUCAUUACCAAGUGAAUGAGGCAGGCAGAAAGCGCUCAGCCUCCGCGAGAUUCAGCCCGUCAGUCCCACAUCUGCAGUGACGAAGCGUAGGCCCAAUGUGUGCGUGGAGAGGGAGGUGACGCUGGUCGCCCAGAGGCAGCCGUGUGUGCAGGCCUUCACACGCAUGGUUAAAGUGUGGAAGCAGGGCUGUGUGGGACAGUCAUGGUGCAUGGGAUACGAGAGGAGGACAGCGUACUACACUGCAUACAGACAAGUGUACAGACAGGAUUAUCAGACUGUGUACAAGUGUUGCCCUGGAUGGUCCCAGCUUAAUGGAGAAGCGGGCUGUUUGUAUCCCGUGUGUAGCUACGGUGUGUGCUUCAACGGGGGCCAUUGUCAGGAGGGAUCCACUCAGCUUUGUGACUGUCCUGCGGGGUUCAAUGGCCCCAGCUGCCAGUAUGAUGUGAAUGAAUGUGAGGAAACCAAUGGAGGCUGCGAGGCUCUCUGCUGUAACACCAUUGGAAGCUUCUACUGCAGGUGUCCUCCUGGACAGAAACUGAACGAAGAUGGAAAAACCUGUCAAGAUAUUGAUGAGUGCCAGGUCCAUAACGGAGGCUGCCAGCACAGAUGUGUUAACACCAGGGGCUCCUACUACUGCGAAUGCAACUUAGGCUCUCGCUUGCACGUGGACGGCCGCACCUGCCUCGCUGUCCAUUCAUGUGCCAUCAGCAAUGGAGGAUGUGAACACUACUGUGUGCAGCAGUCUGCUGCUCAUUUCCGCUGUCGCUGCAAGCCAAAUUAUGUGCUAGCAGAGGAUGGCAAGCAUUGCAAACUGCAGAAUCCCUGCGCAGAUCAGAAUGGAGGCUGCAUGCACGAGUGUCGGGUCGAUGGUGGCAAAGCUCACUGUGACUGUAAAGCUGGUUACAUCCUGGCAGAAGACAGGAAAACCUGUGAAGAUGUCGAUGAGUGUGAAACAGAAGAGGCCAACUGUGCUCAUGGCUGCCACAACACACUUGGCUCUUAUGCCUGUGUGUGUAACGCCGCCUAUGAGCUGGGCUCUGACGGAAAGCAGUGCUACAGAAUUGAGAUGGAGAUCGUGAACAGCUGCGAGAACAACAACGGCGGCUGUUCGCACCACUGCCAACAUUCAACCAGUGGGCCUGUUUGCUCCUGUAACCAUGGUUACAGACUGGAUGACGACCUGAAAACCUGUGUUGACGUCGAUGAGUGUGAAGAGCAGAGCUCCUGCUGUGAGCAGGACUGUACCAACUACCCCGGAGGUUAUGAAUGCUACUGCUCAGCAGGAUACAGACUCAACUCAGAUGGAUGUAGCUGCGAUGAUGUAGAUGAGUGCCUGGCUGCUAAUGGAGGCUGUGAUCACACAUGCCAGAACAGCGCAGGUUCCUUUCAGUGUUUCUGCCGCCGGGGUUUCCGUCUGGAUGAGGACCGGCAAUCCUGCAUCCCAUUAGAAGACACAGUGGAGGCCCUGUCCAGCGGAGGUCCCAUCGAGUUGCCCCUCAUUCGCCCCCAGCUCACCUUGAUGCAGGACUACAGCCAACCCCUGGAGCGCUAUGACGACUAUGAAGAUGACGAGGGGGAGCUGAGGGCCGAGAGCAACCUGGCAGAGAAAUUUGUGUGUUUGGAUGACACUUUUGGCAAUGACUGCAGUUUGACGUGUGACGACUGUUCGAAUGGAGGAAAAUGUAAUCCAUGGAAAACUGGCUGCGACUGCCCUGAUGGGUGGAUCGGCAUCGUCUGCAACCAGACAUGCUCUGAGGGGUACUUUGGUAAAAACUGCUCCUUCCCCUGUAAGUGUAAAAAUGGUGCCAGCUGUGAUCCUGUCACUGGGAGCUGCCGCUGCCCGCCUGGGGUCAGCGGAGACUUGUGCCAGGAUGGCUGUCCUAAGGGCUUCUAUGGGAAGCAGUGCAAUAAAAAGUGUAACUGUGCCAAUAACGGGCGCUGCCACCGGACCUACGGAGCCUGUCUAUGUGAUCCCGGACUCUACGGACGCUUCUGCCACCUCCCGUGCCCAAAGUGGACCUUCGGCCCAGGCUGUUCUGAGGAGUGUCGGUGUGUCCAGCAGAACACGUUGGAGUGUCACCGCCGUCAUGGCACCUGUGUAUGUAAAUCUGGAUACAAGGGAAGCACCUGCAAGGAAGAAUGCAGUCCAGGUACCUACGGAGCCGGCUGUGAGAAGAAGUGCACCUGUCCGCCAGGAGUGUCAUGUGAUCAUGUGACCGGAGAGUGCCAACGAAAGUGCCCCGCCGGUCGUCAUGGAGAGAACUGCGAUCAGGACUGUCCAGAUGGAAGGUUUGGACCAGGCUGCGUACACGCCUGUAACUGCACCGGCGCGCCCUGUGACCAAGUGUCGGGCCAGUGCAAGUGUCCAGCUGGGACGUCAGGAAAGCACUGUGAGAACUUGUGUCCAGAGGGUUUCUGGGGUCCAGGCUGCGCAGAAACCUGCCCAGUGUGUGAGAACGGAGGCGUGUGUGAUAAACACAACGGGUCGUGUAGCUGUCCUCCAGGCUACAUGGGCAGAUUCUGCCAAAAUUCCUGCCCGAGUGGACGUUUUGGUCAAGGGUGCCAAAUGAAGUGUGUGUGCGAGAACAAUGCUCGCUGUGACGCGGUGAGUGGACGCUGUACCUGCGCUCCUGGCUGGACUGGGCACAACUGCAGGAAAGCCUGUGAUGCGGGGCACUGGGGGACCGACUGUGCAGAAACAUGCGACUGUAGAAACGGAGACGGCAGCUGCGAUGCUGUGACGGGCCAGUGCAACUGUGAGGCUGGCUACACUGGAACACAGUGCCACCAGAAGUGUCCUGCAGGUAUGUUCGGUCUCGGCUGCCACCAUCGGUGUCAGUGUGACAACAGGGCCAUGUGCGACCAUGUGAGUGGAGCUUGUACCUGCCAGGUGGGAUGGACUGGGACCUUCUGUGAAAAGCCAUGUCCUCAGGGUUUCUAUGGGCUCGACUGCCAGGAGAAGUGUUUGUGUCUAAACGGUGGAAGCUGUGAUCACGUCAGUGGAGUUUGUUCUUGUCCUGCUGGCUGGAUGGGUCCUUUCUGCAACCUGACCUGCCCAACUGGUUUCUAUGGGGAAGGAUGUAACCAAACCUGUAGCUGCCGUAACAAUGGCAUCUGCCACCCGGCCAGUGGGCGGUGUGUGUGCACGCCAGGCUGGACUGGACCCAACUGCACAGAAGAAUGCCCUGCAGGUUUUUACGGAGCAGACUGUCAGCAGCGCUGCUUGUGUCAGAAUGGAGCCUCUUGUAACAAGACCAGUGGAAAAUGUACGUGUGCCAGUGGAUGGAUGGGCACAGCCUGUGAACUGGAGUGUGUAGCGGGCCGGUUCGGGGCGGACUGCCAUCAGCAGUGUGAAUGUGAGAACGGCGGCCAGUGUGACAGACAGACCGGACAGUGCAGCUGCAGGGCCGGCUGGAUCGGAGAGCGCUGUGAGAAAGCAUGUGAACCAGGCCUGUUUGGAGGCCGCUGUGAGGAAAGAUGUCAGUGUGUGCACGGGCCCUCAUGUCACCACGUCACUGGAGAGUGUCACUGUCCACCAGGCUGGAGAGGAAAACUCUGUGACAAAGCAUGCUUGCCCGGCAUGUAUGGGAAGGACUGCAUGCAGCGCUGCACCUGUGCUCAGGGCACAUCCUGCCACCACGUCUCUGGAGACUGUGGCUGUCCUCCUGGAUUCACAGGAAACGGCUGCGAACAGACUUGUCUUCCAGGAACAUUUGGACAGAACUGUAACCAGGUCUGCCAGUGCUCUCAGACAAACCAACUCUGCCACCCUGUGUCUGGGUCAUGUUACUGCGCUCCAGGUUUCCAUGGCCCCAAAUGUGACCAAAUUUGUGGAGACGGUCGUUAUGGUCCAAAUUGUGAACGAGAGUGCCAGUGUGAUAAUGGAGGGAAGUGCGUUCCUUCCACUGGGGCCUGUGAAUGUCCAGCAGGGUUUAUUGGAGCGCGCUGCAACAUCACGUGUCCAGCCGGGCGUUACGGGGUCGACUGUGCUCAGGCAGUGCUGUGUGGAGACGGUGCCCAGAAUGAUCCGGUCAGCGGUCGCUGUGUGUGCAUCCCUGGACGUAGUGGAAAGGACUGUGGACAUGGCUGCCCUCCCAGCUGGUUCGGGGUGGAUUGUGAGCAGCGCUGCAACUGCAGCAAUGGCGGCGUGUGUGACACUGCAACCGGCAACUGCACCUGCGGUCUUGGCUGGACUGGUGCACACUGCGAUAAAGAAUGUCCUGCGGGCAGAUUUGGUGCCAACUGCCAGCAGAAAUGUAACUGUCAUAAUAACAGCACUUGUGACAGAGUGACAGGGACGUGUCAGUGCGGUCCAGGCUACUAUGGACAUCUGUGUGAACAUGCAUGUCCCCCUGGUCUCCACGGCCCGCUGUGCCAGCUGCAGUGUGACUGUACGAACGGAGCCUCCUGUCACCCUGUGUCAGGCCAGUGCAUCUGUCCUCCAGGAUUUCACGGAGCUCGCUGCCACCGAGUGUGUGAACAGGGUACCUAUGGUGUUGGCUGUGGCAGGGUGUGCGACUGUGAGGGCGAUGCUCCAUGUGAUCCCGUGACAGGAAGAUGUCUUUGCUUCUCUGGGAAGACUGGACCCAGAUGUGACAUUGACUGCAGAGCAAAUCGUUAUGGGCCAGACUGCGCAGAGACAUGUGAAUGCGAGAACGGGGCCCCGUGCGACCGACGCAAUGGCCGCUGUAGCUGCCUGCACGGCUGGAUCGGACUCUCCUGUGAAGAAGGUGGACCUCCACAGCUCACCUUUGACAGCGGCAGAGGAGACUCGCGACAUGACAACUCAUUAUAGCACCACCGCCAAGCUGGAAGACUGAAACUGGGACGCACGAGCUACGUCUCACUCAGGUGACUCAAGUGAGUGAAAGCUCGUGAUAGCAAGUUGUAGCAGGCAGGCUGCUGGAAGACCUUCAUGGAAAUAGACUCUCUGAUGAGAACUGCAGUUUCAUGUUUGGACCUGAGCUGGAUGAUAAUUUCUUAGUGUUUGUUUGCGUGCCAAAGUGUCCUUUGAACGGCUGAAGCUCCAUUCAUCAGCCUGACCUCGCCGGUACAUUGUGAUUUUGUUGCAGACAAAGUAGAGCAUCGAACAACUUUUAAUCUUCUGGAUUAUAAUCAUUUCUCAAAAAACUACAUCCACAGAGAGCAGUACCAGCAGGUUUUGAGUCCUGUUUACUGCAAUUUUGGUAUUUUGUGUUUAAUAUUUUGUUCUCAAAAUACGUUUUGCAGGUACUGUACAUAAAAUAAUCUCUAAUUUUUUAAGAAUUUGAUAUUUCUGGGUAUGGUUCAACCUCUGACACUGAGGCAACCUUUGAAACCACGUCAUCACUUGCAGUACUAUGAAGUUGUUUCUCAGUCUAUACAACAUGAAGUAUAACCCUCAGUCCAAUGGUUCUAUGGUGCUUUACUAUACAGUGCAACAAAGGUUACGUUGAUCCUCAAACUCUGGCCAGCAGGAAUUUUGCAGUCCACUAAAGAUUAUACAGUUAAGAUUCAUUUGCACCUUCUUUUGAGGUUAAGUGUUUAAAUAUUUUCUUUUCAAAUGAUUCUGUGUAUAAAUUGUUUCAUAUUUAUAUUUCACAGUUGUAUACAAUUGAAUAUACCACAAGUUUACAAUACAUCCCUAUUUUCCACUGGAUAGAAAUAUACAACCCAGAAUGACAUUUUACACAUGAAUGCCAAUAAAGACAGACACAUUUUUUUUUUAACCA